AUGGGACGGCCGUCCCUCGCGCUGCGGCUGCUGCUGGCGCUGCUGCUGCCGCCGCCAGCGCCGUUGCUCCGGGCGCUGCGCCCGGCGCCCUGCCCGGAGCCCUGCAGCUGCCCGCCCGACGGCGCCCUGCGCUGCCCCGGCCCGCGGGCCGGCCUCAGCCGACUAUCACUCACCUAUCUCCCUAUCAAAGUAAUCCCAUCUCAAGCUUUCAGAGGACUUAAUGAGGUCAUAAAAAUUGAAAUCUCUCAGAGUGAUUCCCUGGAAAAGAUAGAAGCUAAUGCCUUUGACAACCUCCUCAAUUUGUCUGAAAUACUGAUCCAGAACACUAAAAACCUGGUGUACAUUGAGGCUGGAGCAUUUACAAAUCUCCCUCAGUUAAAAUACCUAAGCAUCUGUAACACAGGCAUCCGCAAGCUUCCAGAUGUUACGAAGAUCUUCUCCUCUGAAUUUAAUUUCAUUCUGGAAAUUUGUGAUAACUUACACAUAACCACCGUACCAGGAAAUGCUUUUCAAGGGAUGAAUAACGAAUCCAUAACGCUAAAACUAUAUGGAAAUGGAUUUGAAGAAAUACAAAGUCAUGCAUUCAAUGGGACAACGCUGAUUUCCCUGGAGCUAAAGGAAAAUGCACGCCUGGAGAAGAUGCACAACGACGCCUUCCGGGGGGCCACGGGGCCUAGCAUUUUGGAUAUUUCUUCCACUAAACUGCAGGCCCUGCCUAGCUAUGGGCUAGAGUCCAUUCAAACACUAAUUGCCACAUCAUCCUAUUCUCUGAAAAAACUGCCAUCGAGAGAAAAAUUUACCAAUCUCCUGGAUGCCACACUGACUUACCCCAGCCACUGCUGUGCUUUUAGAAACUUGCCAACAAAAGAGCAGAAUUUUUCAUUUUCCAUUUUUAAAAACUUUUCCAAACAAUGUGAAAGCACAGCAAGGAGACCAAAUAAUGAAACACUUUAUUCCGCCAUCUUUGCUGAGAGUGAACUGAGUGGCUGGGAUUAUGACUAUGGUUUCUGCUUACCCAAGACACUCCAAUGUGCUCCUGAACCAGAUGCUUUCAAUCCCUGUGAAGACAUUAUGGGCUAUGACUUCCUUAGAGUCCUGAUUUGGCUGAUUAAUAUCCUAGCCAUCACGGGAAAUGUGACUGUCCUCUUUGUUCUCCUGACCAGUCGUUAUAAACUGACAGUGCCCCGCUUUCUCAUGUGCAAUCUCUCCUUUGCAGACUUUUGCAUGGGGCUCUACCUGCUACUCAUUGCCUCAGUUGAUGCCCAAACCAAAGGCCAGUAUUAUAACCAUGCCAUAGACUGGCAGACAGGGAGUGGAUGCAGUGCGGCUGGCUUUUUCACUGUUUUUGCAAGUGAACUCUCUGUCUACACCCUCACAGUCAUCACACUGGAAAGAUGGCACACCAUCACCUAUGCUAUUCAACCGGACCAAAAGCUGCGGCUGAAACACGCCAUCCCAGUCAUGCUCGGAGGAUGGCUCUUUUCUACUCUCAUCGCCAUGCUGCCUCUUAUGGGUGUCAGCAGUUACAUGAAGGUCAGCAUUUGCCUCCCCAUGGAUGUGGAAACCACUCUCUCACAGGUCUACAUCUUAACCAUCCUGAUUCUCAACGUGAUGGCCUUCAUCAUCAUUUGUGCUUGCUACAUUAAAAUUUAUUUUGCAGUUCAAAAUCCAGAGCUGAUGGCCACCAACAAAGAUACAAAGAUUGCUAAGAAAAUGGCGGUCCUCAUCUUCACCGAUUUCACCUGCAUGGCACCAAUCUCUUUCUUUGCCAUCUCAGCUGCCUUCAAAGUGCCCCUUAUUACAGUAACCAACUCAAAGGUUCUACUGGUUCUCUUUUAUCCCGUCAAUUCAUGCGCCAAUCCGUUUCUGUAUGCAAUUUUCACGAAGGCAUUCCGAAGGGAUUUCUUUCUGUUGCUGAGCAAAUUUGGCUGCUGUAAAUAUCGAGCUGAACUUUAUAGGAGGAAGGAUUUUUCAGCUUAUAUCUCCAACUGCAAAAAUGGCUUCACUGGAUCAAAUAAGCCCUCCCGGUCCACCUUCAAGUUGACUACAUUACAAUGUCAAUAUUCAGCUGUCCUGGACAAGACUUGCUGUAAGGAGUGUUAA